GGCUGAGGGAGGAAGAAGCAGCAGGUCCGCGGCUCAUUCUCCGGGAAGCAGCCUGCUGUUCUUCAGCCGCUGAGAGGAUAACACACUUGUGUGAAACACACACGCACACACACACGAAAAGGCCGGUUACCUCACCAGAAAUACUUGGAGAGGUCAUUAAAAUGGGGAAACAUAACAGCAAGCUGGCUCCAGAGGUUUUGGAUGACCUGACUAAGAAUACAGAGUUCAAUGAGGCAGAGCUGAAGCAGUGGUAUAAGGGCUUCCUGAAGGACUGUCCCACUGGCAUUCUCAACCUGGAGGAGUUCCAGCAGCUCUACGUCAAGUUCUUUCCCUAUGGUGAUGCCUCCAAAUUUGCUCAGCAUGCCUUCCGGACCUUUGACAAGAAUGGCGAUGGCACAAUUGACUUCAGGGAGUUCAUCUGUGCCCUGUCCAUCACUUCCAGAGGAAGUUUUGAGCAGAAGCUCAACUGGGCGUUUAACAUGUAUGACCUGGAUGGAGACGGCAAGAUUACACGCAUGGAGAUGCUCGAGAUUAUAGAGGCGAUCUAUAAAAUGGUCGGCACUGUGAUUAUGAUGCGGAUGAACGAGGAUGGCCUGACACCUCAGCAGCGUGUGGACAAGAUCUUCAGCAAGAUGGACAAAGAUCACAACGACGAGAUCACGCUGGAGGAGUUCAAAGAGGCAGCCAAGAGUGACCCUUCUAUCGUCCUCCUACUGCAGUGUGACAUGCAGAAGUAAGGGAGGAGAGAAGGAUGGGUGGGGCUGAAACAAAAUGUACAGACUUUUAGAGAGGAGUAAGUAAGGCCACGUUCACAGUGACAUUUUGGUAUCUGUCAAAAACACACCUGCAUUUGAUUUCAAAGAAAACAAUGCAUUGAUGGACAGUGGGCACCAAAGCAUGGUGAUAUGUGAAAAUUACACAUAAUGUUGUCUGUUGAAAAAGUUCACCAGAGUUGAAACUUUGACCACGCGUCCGGCAUUGUGAAGCAGGACAAAAAAGAAGCUAAUCACUGUGAACCGACAUUCAGAGCUGUACGAUCCAACUCUAAAGAUCUAUAAGGACAACUCACAGCUAGCUUGAUAACAGAGCUAUAGCUAGCUUCAAUAAAUUGCUUGAUCAAAUUAAGCACUAAUGGAUAUUCUAAUUUAUGUGUUACAGGUUUAUGUUUCAUUGACAAUAAACAUAUAGCAUUGUAGGAACAAUACGACAAAAUAAUAAAUGUUUUUUUUUUUUUUUGGAUAGACCCCAAAAUCUCUUUGUGAACGUGGCCUUAGUGAGAGUGCACAUAAAAAAAGAUGUACAUACUGUUGUGAGGAAUGUGAGAGUUAAAGGGGUUUGGGACUGAGACAAAUUAAGAAAAGAAGGAAUAGUUUGGUUUAACAUUGAGAGGAGAGUACAAGUGAACUCACCAGAGUGAUGAAAGCCAUUUCCCAAAUCUCUGCCCAGCUAGUGAACUGUGCUGUACGGCAGGCAGUACCAUGCUCUUGUGGCUUCUAGGCUUAAGUCUAAAGAGAAAAAUCCAUUAAGAAGCCUAAAUAAUUAACAGAUAGCAGUUUUAACACAGAACACUCCCAAUUCCUGGCAUUUUAAUAAAUAAAUGCAAAUGAACAAUGAAAACGUAUAAAAUAUUCCUGGAAACACUGACAUAACGGUAGAUUUUCAAGGUUUUGAAGAAAUGUCAUUGUCUUUUUGUCCUUAUGGAGUCUAAAUGUCAAACAGGCACUAUGCUUCUGUGACCGGGGUGGAUAAAAAAAGCCUCACUAAACAGAAAUCCAUCAUGUGUCAUGUCAUGGAGAUAACUGUUAGAGAUAACAUUUCAUUAGAGACUAUGCUCCAUGAAGUGAGGAGGUAAUGGCAACUGCAGUGUUGUCAUAAUGGUAGAUUUGAGACAUGCUAUAAUAACCUAUUAUCCAGUGUAUAAUACUGUCACGAUUCCUGGCCUUCAUCAGCUGGUCUGAGAGAACAGAAAACAGGACUGAAAUAUUGUGAUUCCAGGUCGCUCUCACAUAUGAAGGAAGGAUAGAGGUCAAAGAAUUGGGCGCAUUUGCCGGACUAAACACUGCGAAUAUAUGUACAUGAUGAUAUACGAAAAUACACACCAACAUAUAAUAUGUAAAUGUAAAUGUUUCACUAGAAUUGCUUUCAUAUUACAACACAGCCGCAUCUACACUGUAUGUAUAUGAUGUCGCUCUGUCUCUGCAAGUGUGAAAGAGAGUGAAGUGUAACAGUGUACUGUGUAUGAGAGAAUUUUUAUGUGUGUAAUUGUGCAAAAUUGUGUGUAUACAUGAGUGUGUUGUGUGUCUGUGUGUCUGCGUGAGUGUGCAAGCGUAUGAGCAUGUGAGGAAAAGGUCUUUGACUUUGUUCCUUGCUAUCCACACCAGUGCUGGGAGUAUUAAAGUGCUGUUUGUUGUCGGCUGGUGUGCUGUGCACUAUUCUCACUCGUUUUCUAAUGAAAGCUAUAGUUCUCUGUAGUCCUGAUGACAUAAUCCUUCUCAUCUGCCAGUGUACAAGCUUAGCAGGUAAUAUCCGAGAGUAAUUGUAUUAAUAUUGUCUAAAUGCCUUUUGCUAUUUCUCUCUGGUAUAAUCAAAACAAACACAGAUGUAAGCCAGGAAGCAGAAUAUUAUUUGUUGCCGCCAAUACUUAUGAGAAUAUUGUUGCACUAGGUAGAAGCAAGUACACCUUGUUUUAUACUGCUACCCAGUGGUGAAAUAGUUUAGUCUUGGCAACCCAGCUAACCUCAACCAGACCUUUGCUGAUGAUGAGGGUUAUGGCCAUAUGUACUGGGAUAAAAAAAAAAACUGUACCUUUAGUACCAAAUGAUAAAAUUACUUAUCUACUUUGAACUUACUUGCACAAUGUGGAGAAAUGGGUAAUUCUUACAAAUGUAACAAAUACUGGAACUUGAAAAAAUUAAAAUGACUAAAAUUUAAUGUUAACUUCUUUCUUUUUUUUGGACAUACAAACAAUGUUGUGUAGUGUAAUAAUUAAACAAAAACCUGAACCAUUUAUUUGAUAUUAAAUCAAUUUUAAGUGCCAUUUUCCAUUUCCGGAGACCAAAUUCUCAUCACCGCAACACAGUUUGAAGAUCUGACAGUCUGUAAAUAAUAUUUUUUUCAUAACUUUUCUCUUCACAACCUAUAUACCAUAUACUAUAUACCACCAAGCUAACUAUUCAGUCAUAAAUAUUUUUCAAAAUGUAGUAUUCUGCACUUCUCACUACUGCAACAGCCAUUGAGUUUUUUUUAUUAUUAUUUUUUUUUACCUGUGCCACAUAAUGUGGUGAUGUUUUGGUUCACAUCCUUACAGUUUACAAACAAGUCAAUAAAGCAAAGUGAUUCAACAGUUAAAAAUAAUACAAACUAUUUUUUUUCCAAUUUAAAAAGCGAAACAAUGAUGAACACUGGUAAUGAAAAACACUUGUGGACAUGCGGAAAUGAGAAUAAAAAAUAUUUAAAAUAGAAAAAUGAACUCCACAAACUUUUUGCUGCACCAUGUAGAGCUGCAAUUCACCUACUAAAUGAUAUGAACAUUCUUCAUCUGUGUGAUGCUUAUGACACUCAAAUAUGGACAUGUUUUGAGGCAGUUUUGUGAGAAUGACCCAAAUGCUGAUUUAUGCAUUCCAUAGAAGUCUGCACUGUUUUCCUGCACAUAAAAGAUAUUUAGUGUUGAACUGACUUAAAAUGUCAAUAGUGAUUUUUAAUCUUUGACUGGGCUUAACCUGUGUUUACUUUAAGUAGGUGGUUAUAAUACUUAAAGAAUUUGUUCACUGAAAAACCUAAUUUUCACAAUUUCUCCUUAUCCCAAAUGUAGUUGAUCAGCCAGAACAUGUUUGGUGUCUGCAUAUGUAGUUUUGCACUGGAGCUACAUGGCUAAUGUAGCUAAAAAUGAAUGAAAGUCAAAAUCUUGUAACCCAAAAUCUUUUGGGGUGACUUCUGUUGUAUUAGCCUUGUAGCAACACUGUAGAGCAAAAAAGGCAAACUGCAUUCGCCAGACAUAUCUUGGCUGGUCAACUGUGUUUGGGAUAAGGCGAAAACUACACCUUUAAGGAUCACUGAUGUCUCACUAUGUGUUAGUUCAUCACGUGUUGUUAUACUUAUUGGUGAAGCAGUUGCAGGCAUUAAUAUCUAUUUUUUGGUUGCUACCUGUACUUUACGUAUGUAUAGCUGGGAUGUACUACAUUUUAUAAUCCUAUGUUUGCGUUGCAUUGAUGUGCUGGUGCUCUGUAACCAUUCUGUUCUCUAGCAGUGUAACAAUGCAUUGCUUAGCUGUGUUGCUUUUCAUUGCUCAGUUCAGUUGCUGGAUUUUUAAAGGUUCACAUUUUCCAUAACCUACUAAGCGUGUAAUCUAUUCAAGCAAACAAUUACGCUAAUACAAAAUAAUGACAAUAAGAUGACGUUACUACACAUCAGACACAGCAAAGCUGAAAAUCUAAACCUUAACUCUACUAGCAUCACUCUACAUUGUGUUCUGUAUGACUUUAGUACAUUAUGGUGAAUGCAAGAGACCACUUAAUUGCAUCUCUGAGGGUCUGAACUCUAGGCUUCCAGCAUAUUAAUACUUGCUAACUGAUAUAUGUUCUUCUAAUUCGGUUCAGAGAUUAGUUGUGCCAAAAACUGCAGGAGCGGAGGAAAAUAAAUGCAUUCAGAAAAGUUUCCACCUGUUCCAAGUAAAACUAAGUUCUCUGCAUGUCAGCCAAUGAUCAUGUGUCAACUCAAAUGACUGCUGUUUAAGGGCUGAUUCCACUUCCAUUUGGCUGUCACCUUAAAAUGCAAAAGAUGGGCUAUUUGUGUUUUUAUUUUCACAGAAAUGUUAAGAUAUAAUACCAUGUGUGGCAUUUUUUAACAUAAUAUUUGGAUCAAGAUUUGCUCAAGUUGUCUUAAACAUUGCAAUUGAUUCUCAUGGCCGCUGCAUUGAUGACACUGCUUAGAAAAUUAUGUUACCAUGAUGUAUAUCCCAGCAUACGGAACCUAAAAGGGAAUUAAUGUGACCAGUUGUGCAAUACAUUUUUAAUAAUAUGUUCAUGUGCUAUGUGUUCUGUAUGUCUGCUUUCAUUUUAUUUUUCAAUAUUGUAAUCGUAAAGCUCCUUCAAUAAACAAAUGUGUUAUUUUUGGUACAUAGAGGAUUAAACUUGUGGAUGUCUACUGAAUCGCUGCAACAAA